AUUCGGUAAACAAAAUUGAAAUGCCACCAUUGCUAGAUCAUUUAUCUAAUCUAUCUAAUUAGAUGAAGAAUGAGCCAAUAGUGGUAUUUUUUGAUAAAUGGGAAAUUAAAAAUGCUCUGGGAUGGAAAUGAGGGAAUAUCUACAAUACCUGGAUUUAAUCAGAUACAAUUUGAAGGAUUUUGUAGGUUCAUUGAUCAAGGUUUGACGGAAGAACUUUAUAAGUUUCCAAAAAUUGAAGAUACAGAUCAAGAAAUUGAAUUUCAAUUAUUUAUGGAAACAUAUCAAUUGGUCGAACCCUUGAUAAAGGAAAGAGAUGUUGUGUAUGAAUCACUCACAUAUUCUUCUGAAUUAUAUGUAUCCGCGGGAUUAAUUUGGAAAAACAGUAGGGAUAUGCAAGAACAAACAAUUUUUAUCGGAAACAUUUCUCUAAUGAAUUCCCUGGGAACUUCUAUAGUCAAUGGAAUAUAUAGAAUUGUGAUCAAUCAAAUAUUGCAAAGUCCCGGUAUUUAUUACCGAUCAGAAUUGGACCAUAAAGGAAUUUUGGUCUAUACCGGCACCAUAAUAUCAGAUUGGGGAGAAAGAUCAGAAUUAGAAAUUGAUAGAAAAGCAAGAAUAUGGGCUCGUGUAAGUAGGAAACAAAAAAUAUCUAUUCUAGUUCUAUCAUCAGCUAUGGGUUUGAAUCUAAGAGAAAUUCUAGAGAAUGUUUGCUAUCCUGAAAUUUUUUUGUCUUUUCUGAGUAAUAAGGAGAGAAAAAAAAUUGGGUCAAAAGAAAAUGCCAUUUUGGAGUUUUAUCAACAAUUUGCUUGUGUAGGUGGCGAUCCGGUAUUUUCUGAAUCCUUAUGUAAGGAAUUACAAAAGAAAUUCUUUCAACAAAGAUGUGAAUUAGGAAGGAUUGGUCGACGAAAUAUGAACCAAAGACUGAACCUUGAUAUACCCCAGAACAAUACAUUUUUGUUACCACGAGAUAUAUUGGUAGCCGCCGAUCAUUUGAUUGGGCUGAAAUUUGGAAUGGGUGCACUUGACGAUAUGAAUCAUUUGAAAAAUAAACAUAUUCGUUCUGUAGUAGAUCUUUUACAAGAUCAAUUCGGAUUGGCUCUGGUUCGUUUAGAAAAUGUGGUUCGGGGGACUAUAUGUGGAGCAAUUCGGCAUAAAUUGAUUUCGACACCUCAGAAUUUGGUAACCUCAACUCCAUUAACAACUACUUAUGAAUCCUUUUUCGGUUUACACCCAUUAUCUCAAGUUUUGGAUUGAACUAAUCCAUUAACACAAAUAGUUCAUGGGAGAAAAUUAAGUUAUUUGGGCCCUGGAGGACUGACAGGUCGCACUGCUAGUUUUCGGAUACGAGAUAUCCAUCCUAGUCACUAUGGACGUAUUUGCCCAAUUGACACAUCUGAAGGAAUAAAUGUUGGACUUAUUGGAUCCUUAGCAAUUCAUGCGAGGAUUGGUCAUUGGGGAUCUCUAGAAAGCCCUUUUUAUGAAAUUUCUGAGAGGUCAACCGGGGUACGGAUGCUUUAUUUAUCACCAGGUAGAGAUGAAUACUAUAUGGUAGUGGCAGGAAAUUCUUUAGCCUUAAAUCAGGAUAUUCAGGAAGAACAGGUUGUUCCAGCUCGAUACCGUCAAGAAUUCUUGACUAUUGCAUGGGAACAGGUUCAUCUUCGAAGUAUUUUUCCUUUUCAAUAUUUUUCUAUUGGAGCUUCCCUCAUUCCUUUUAUCGAACAUAAUGAUGCGAAUCGAGCUUUAGUGAGUUCUAAUAUGCAACGUCAAGCAGUUCUUCUUUCUCGCUCCGAGAAAUGCAUUGUUGGAAAUGGGUUGGAACGACAAGCAGCUCUAGAUUCGGGGGCUCCUGCUAUAGCCAAAGGCGAGGGAAGGGUCGUUUAUACCAAUACCGACACGAUUCUUUUAGCGGGUAAUGGAGAUAUUCUAAGCAUUCCAUUAGUUAUAUAUCCACGUUCCAAUAAAAAUACUUGUAUGCAUCAAAAACCCCAGGUUCCUCGGGGUAAAUGCAUUAAAAAGGGACAAAUUUUAGCGGAUGGUGCUGCUACGGUUGGUGGCGAACUUUCUUUGGGGGAAAACGUAUUAGUAGCUUAUAUGUCGUGGGAGGGUUACAAUUCUGAAGAUGCAGUACUUAUUAGCGAGCGUUUGGUAUAUGAAGAUAUUUAUACUUCUUUUCACAUACGGAAAUAUGAAAUUCAGACUCAUGUGACAAGUCAAGCCCCUGAAAAAGUAACUAAUGAAAUACCGCAUUUAGAAGCCCAUUUACUCUGCAAUUUAGAGAAAAAUGGAAUUGUGAUGCUGGGAUCUUGGGUAGAGAUGGGUCAUAUUUUAGUAGGUAAAUUAACACCCCAGGUCGUGAAAGAAUCGUCGUAUGCCCCGAAAGAUAGAUUGUUACGAGCUAUACUUGGUAUUCAGGUAUCUACUUCAAAAGAAACUUGUCUAAAAUUACCUAUAGGUGGCAGGGGGCGGGUUAUUGAUGUGAGGUGGAUCCAAAAAAGGGGUGGUU